UAAUAGAAUUAAGAGUUGCCUUAUCUUUCCACAGGAUAAACAGCAUAGCUCAAGAAUUAGUGGAACAGCAUCCCUCAGUGCUUUCAGCCAGGAUGCCCCCUCAAUCAGGAGCCAGUGCAGGCAAUCCAGAGACUGAGCCAGGGGUCCCACGGCUCUUCACAUGGGAGGAGGUGGGGCUCCGCACAGGCAAGGGAAACUUCAAGAAAGAGAGAUGGCUGGUAAUCAACCGAAAAGUCUAUGAUGUCAGUCAGUUCUAUUUGCGGCACCCAGGUGGGCUUCAUCUCAUCAGACACUAUUCUGGACAAGAUGCCACGGCUGCCGUUAAAGCUUUCCACAAGGAUGAGGAUCUGAUAAAGAAAUACUUGAAUUCCCUGUUAAUUGGAGAGCUAACACCGGAUCAACCUAGCUGUGAGCCCACCAAAAAUGAAAUGCUGGUACAUGAUUUUCAUGAAUUACGCACGAAAGUGGAGAAGAUGGGACUCUUGAAGUCCAGUGUUCCUUUUUUUGCUGUCAUCUUUCUGCAUGCGUUCCUGCUGGAUGUGGCAUCCUGGUUCACUAUCUGGUACUUUGGAAAAACUUGGGUGCCUUUCCUUAUUGGAGUAACACUAUUCACUGUUUCACAGAUCCAAUAUGGUUUCUUUCAGCAUGAUCUUGGGCAUAUUUCAGUCUUCCAGAAGCCUAAAUGGAACAGACUGGCUCAGACUUUUGUGAUUGCAUUCCUUAAGGGUUUCCCAAAGUCUUGGUGGACUGACAUGCAUAACCAGCAUCAUGCCAAGCCCAACUGUUUCCAGAAGGAUCCUGAUCUUGUUAUGCACCCAUUUGUCUUCAGCUUAGGGAAGUCUCUCUCUGUGGAGCUUGGAAAAAAGAAAAAGAAAUACAUGCCUUACCAGCACCAACACAAAUAUUUUAUCUUACUGGCACCCUUAACAUUCGUUAUUUUUGCGUACUUAGUUGUACUUCGCUAUGUUGUCAAGAAGAAACAGUGGAGUGAACUUAUUAUUAUUUUAUUCUACAAUUUCCGUAUGUGUCUCAUGUACGUUCCUUUAAUGGGAUUCAAGACCUUCAUGGCAUACUACUGGCUCGCCAGGUUACUAGAAAGUGCAUGGUUUAUUUGGGUCACUCAAAUGAAUCACAUUCCAAUGAACAUCAAUUAUGACCAGAAUUUGGACUGGGUCUCUUGCCAGCUCACAGGAACAUGCAAUGUUGAUCAUUCCUGGUUCAAUGACUGGUUCACUGGGCAUCUGAACUUCCAGAUUGAGCAUCACCUUUUCCCCACCAUGCCUCGACACAAUUAUUACAAGGUGGCUCCUCUAGUGAAAUCUCUGUGUGCCAAGCAUGGUGUUCACUAUGUGUGCAAGCCCAUCCUCACAGCUUUUGCAGAUAUAUUGCAUAGCUUGAAGGAAUAUGGGCAGGACUGGCAGGAAGCUUAUCUCCAUGAAUGAGGACUGGGAGAUGCUCAGACAGCAACAGAAGUACAUAAACUUGUGGUUCAUUGAGUUCUCAUGACUGCCUGCCCUUAUUCAUUUGAAGAAGUAAAGGCUGGUGGGGACCUUCCUCCAGGAGCUUUUCCAUUAGAUGUAAAGUCAGGACCAUCUUUUUCCUGUGAUGCUACCAGAAAUGGGCUCCCUUUCUCUUUCUCCCCCUCGGUUUCCAAACCAAAACUUCUGUUUUCUUACAAUUUUGGGAAACCAUUUGACAAUUCCUAUUGAUACUGGAACAUGUAUAGUAUUCAGUACUUCUACUGUUUAUGUGAAAUAUUAUUAGACAUUGUUUUAUUCUGGUUUAUAGAGUUUUUUGAAAAUUGUCUGAGGUGGGAAAACAGAGAUAAGUGUAUAUAAAAAGCUGAGGUGAAAUUUGAACUUCUGAUUUUGACUUUCUCUUGGGAUAAUGAAGAAGCAGGGGGAGAACCAGAGACACUUUGGAUAGGUGAUGGGUGGUAUAAAUAAGUAAAUAAAUAAUAAAAAUAAA